CGUCCCCGUAAACGUCCAAUCAAUUUGCCAGGGCAAUUUUACCGCGCAAAACUGCGCUAUGAUAAACUUGAGUAAAUUACUUGGAAAUUGGAAAUCUAUACUCCUUUGAAUAUUGUGUUAUUGAUUUCGAUUAUAAAGUGAUUUAAUGUAAUAAUUAGCUAUAUAUAAAUAAUAUAAUUCAUUCGAAAACUAGAGUCUAACUUUAAACUACGAACAUAAAACUUUAGUGAAAUUAAAUACAUUUCUUGUGGAUCAGGUACAAUGGACAAUAAUGGAUAUAUUAAGGUCCGGAAACGGUUCAUGGACGAAGCCAGUGUGUAUAGUGAAAGAUCGAAAGUGUAAACACCAAUUAAAAUAACGAUGUGAAAAUGCCCAUAUAUUAAAUAAAAUGGGCUCCUUUUUGCGUGUGAAUGACACAAACUUUACCAACGAACCUGUGAACCCCGUGUUAAUAUUCGGGCCACAAAGGGACCCCAUGUAUAUAGUGAUACCUAUAACAAUAAUGUACUCUAUUAUAUUUGUGACCGGGCUUUUCGGAAAUAUUUUCACGUGCUUAGUGAUAAUCCGGAACAAAAGUAUGCACACCGCAACAAACUAUUAUUUAUUUAGUUUAGCAGUAUCAGACUUACUUUUGCUCAUUAGUGGUAUGCCUCAAGAGAUGUAUUCGAUAUGGUCGAAAUGGCCGUACGUGUUCGGUCCGGCGUUCUGCCUGAUCCGGGGGCUGGCGGCAGAGAUGUCGACGAACGCGAGCGUGCUGACGAUAACCCUGUUCACGAUCGAGCGGUACCUGGCCAUCUGCCACCCGUUCGUGUCGCACAAGAUGUCAAAACUGUCGCGCGCCACGCGGCACGUGGUGGCGCUGUGGGUGGCGGCGCUGACGCUGGCGCUGCCGCAGGCGCUUCAGUUCGGCGUGCGCAGCCACCAGGGCGUCGCCAUGUGCCUCCAGACCCGAGUCAUCAUACAGCACUCUUUCGAGAUGUCAACAUUCUUCUUCUUCUUUGCCCCCAUGGCACUAAUAACAGUACUUUAUUCUCUAAUCGGAAUAAGGUUAAGAAGAUCCGAUUUAAGUAAUGACGUCCCGGGGCAAAAGGAAUUAAAGCUGAAAAUGAGAUUUACUCAUAAAGUACAGAGGAAGCACAGCCAGUCAACGAAGCGCGUCAUAAAAAUGCUAGUGGCCGUGGUAGUGGCAUUCUUCAUAUGCUGGGCGCCGUUCCACGCCCAGAGGCUCGUGGCCAUCUACGGCACGGACGAGCACCACCGGCCGCGCUCCAGCCUGCUGCUGCACGCCUACACCAUCCUCACCUACAUCUCUGGGGUGUUCUACUACUUCUCCACCAGCAUCAACCCCAUACUUUACCACAUCAUGUCCAACAAAUUUCGGGAAGCUUUCAAGAACACGCUGGUGCGGUGCUGCCGACCGGGAGCGCGGGCCGUGCAGCGCAGCUCUUACACGACGCUCGCUCUCGGGCGAAACCCCGCCUCCAGCAGCACAGACAACUCAGGUAAUAAUCUUAAAGAUGGCGCCUUUGGUGACAAAAGAAUCACAAGAGGAUCACUAAGGUCGACAUCGGAUAAAAAGAUCAAAUUCGACUUUGAACGUAAUAUAAUUUAUUAUCAACACAAAUAUGCCCAGACCGACGUCUCAUUCCAGCGAGAUUUAGAAAACGGGCUUUAUGAAAGUAAAGGAAUAGAACAAAAGAACAUCCCCAAAGAUAUAUAUGUUGUAACGUCAACGGAGCCCAGUGAAGACACUCAAGACUUCAAAAUUACUCUAUCAGACGAGCCUGAAGCCUACAUUAGAGAAAUCCGAGACAGGAUCAAUCGACGCCAGCAAAAGGGGUAUGGAUAAAUCAGAGCAUUUUACAAACUGGGGAUGGUAGCUGAGACACUCCUAGCCUAGCUGAUUGUACUACACAGUACAGUACAGUUGAUUAUACCAAUGAGGAUAUAAUAAGAUAGAGCGAUACUGUCAUAGUAAAUUUUGUAACCACUGUAAAUUCACUGCCAUCUAUCGACAUACUUUAAAACUAAAAAUGAAGAUUUAAAAAAAUACGUUAAAAUGUAUUUAAAUAUGGAUAAAUUAUUUUUUUAUUUGGA